AAUCACAGACAUAGAAGACUCCCCUUCAGAGAUGUCAGAACCUCUCAUACCUGUUAUCUCAACUAAAUCUGUAUCAAUUAUCAGCAGACCUGAAAUACAGGAGAGUCAGGUGACAGAGGAAAGCCAGAGCCUGCUACCACAAGUACCUGCAGUGUCAAUUACAACUUAUCAACACCUGGAAAGUGAAAAUGAUAAGUGGUUGUGUAAUGCUACAUCAGAAAGUAGUCACAAGGGGUUGUGUCAUGAAACAUCAGGUAACAAAGUCAACAAAAAUGAUAACUGCACUACAAGUAACAAUGAUUCAUUAAAAAGCAGUACACCUCUUGUUUUAUCAUCUAGCUCCAGAGAUGUCAGUCUCUCACAACCAGUGGUUUCUGCAAGUCAGAAAGAGGAGGUCACUUUAUCACAACCAUUGUUUUCUACAAUUGGGAAAGAGUUGCUCACUCUGUCACAAGUUGAUCAAGAUAAGCAGAAAGCAGGUAGGAUAGUGUCCUCACAAGGCUCAGUGACUCUGGCCGCAUACUCACAAAGUACAGUAAGCAUGACGUCACCUCUGGAAAAAGAUCCAGCAGACAGACUUGACAGACUUGUGUCUUCACUUGAUAAAGUGCCGAGAAGACAGAAGAUGGUGAUGGAGGCUACUAUUCUGCAGUGUAUUACCAGUCUACAGGACAGUCUGAACAGUAAACUUAGGAAACAGCCUUCUAUUGCUGACACUUCAGGCAUUUUAAGAAAACUGCUGCAGACAACACAGACUGGUUUGAUGAAGCUGACAGAACAACAUAAACUUGAGAAGUUACAACUUUCUCAGACUGGUACACAGUCAACGCAGCAGACGUCAUCCCAGCUGACCCAGUCUGCUAUCAGUGACCUUGGAAAACGUCAGAAGAGAAUGUUCAGUUUGCUCAAGAGACAAAAAUAUUUGGUUGAUUUAUACAAAACAUCUAGAAGGCCUGGGACUGAAACUGAUCACACUGCUCCAAUUACCCAAGUAACCAGGAAAACAAUACAGAUCCCUAAAUCUGAAAAUAUCAAUCAAUCUACUAAUGCCAAGCAAGACAGAAAUUACAGUGGCAAAGCUGAAGGAGGUACACCAAAUAUAAUAUCUGAUACAAAAACUAAGAAAACAUCUAAAGAUAAAAUUGAGAGUGACUUUGAAAGAAGACGAGACAUUGACAAUUCUAAGGUCACUGUAGUUCAGGAUGACAAAGAACAAUUUAUUGGGAUUGGUACUAAAGAAACAAAAGUGAUAAAAGACAUAGAUUUUAGAGGACAAUUUAAAGAGAAGGCUAUUGAGAAACACACAGAUUUGAGAGAUAAUGACGAUGGUAUUUUGUCACAGGAUUUGACAACGGUGCCAGAUACCCAGGAUUUCAUUACACAGGAUAGUGUCAGAACAAGUGGAAAGGAAUUUGAGAGUGAUGAUAAUGUUGCAGCAGCUGCAGGAUCUGAUGGGGAGCUGUCAGAAUGUGAUGACAAAGAAUUUGUUAAGAAAAUAACUGAGCAAGGAGCAGAAACCAAUAUGAAUGUUGCUUCUGAAAAGGAUAAAAUCAAUGCUGGCAAAAUGGCACACAUUGAAAAUGUUGUAGACAAAGCUUCAUUUAAAAGGGACCUUGGUGUAAAUGUUAAAACAGAUGGAACCAUUAAGAAGCAAAAAUUGAAUGACAUUAAAGAGAGUAUAAAUACUAAAGAAAGUCAAAAUAAAGCAAACACGUCUGAGAUGUUAUGGCUAAAAAUGCUCAGAAAUGAUACAAACAAGGAAAUAGAAAAAAGGAUAGUUUCUAAGGAUAGAACUGUUACCAAAGCACAAUAUCAAGAAUUAUUUACAUCAAAUAAGCUGGAAAGGGAACAGAUGAGGUUAAACAUAAAUGGAACUUCAGUGGAAGAUACAGAGAAGUACAAACAAGAUUUUCAGUUUAUAAAACCAAGUGUCACUCCCCGACAAGACCAACAAGAAGUAGAAAAGAGGACUGCAAAAUCUAAAGAUCAAGUGAAAGAUUGGAACGUCUCUAGUGACAAAAUAGACAAUGGUGACCACACUGAUGACACAAAAACAAGAAAACACUUUGAAUCAGUGAAUGAAAGAGAAGUCCUCUGUCCAGAUGAGAAGGAAGGAGAGCUAGUUGAUUUAUCAUCUCCUCCAGUUGUGACAGUACCAGGUGAAACUUGGCAUAAUGUGUCUCCAACUGCAACCUCUAUGAGCUCAGACGUGUUCAUGGUCAAAGUAAAGGAUCUGCAGAAACGAAUGAAAAGAAGAGAGGAGUUGUCACAGAAUAUUGAUUCAGGCAGAUAUUUAGCUUCUGAACAUUUGGAGUGUACUGGCAUAAAUGGCAAGUCAUCUGGAAAAAGAACAGAUUUCAAGGUUGAUUUAGAGCAGAAUUCAAACAUGAAAACUGAUAAUCUCAAUACUCACAUUGUAAAAGAAAAAGACACUGUAUCUGAAGCUAUUGACUCAGUUAUCAAACAGUCAAGAGAAAUGUUUGGAAGGAAUGUAAGUUUCAGGAAGAGGAUUGAAACGUUUGCAGGGAAACCAACAAAAAAAGGAGAAUUAGACACAUGUGAUGUGAACCAAACUGUUCUGCAAGCAACAAAGUUUAAAGACCAGACAAGAUGUUCUCAAGAGCCCAGUACAUCAAAUGGACAAGUUCCACUGAAUGAUGCCAGGGAUGUGAAAACAGCCACAUGUAAGCAGCAGUUGACUGUAGGACUACCUACACUGAAGGAGCUUUUAAAUUCCGGUCAACUUUCACCUGGCAAGUUAGUCCUUUCCUGCCAUGUAAAGGGAAAAACGUACAGGGCCUCACUAACACCUCAUGGUAAAGUGAGGACACUGGAGGGCCUCAUGUUUGUAACAGCCUCAAAAUGGGUCUCUACUCUAAAAGAUGCAGCACCUGUCAAUAAAAGAAAAGCAUAUGAAAUGGUUCUGUACAAGGGUAGACAACUUCUGUCAUUCUGUUUCCACAAUCCUGGAUUGUCAAGACCAAAUGAACAGUCAGCCAGUAUAAUUCAAAAUGUAUCUAUAAAACCCAGUCCAGUUAAACAGUUCACUGAACAAGGCACUCAAGUCAUGGAUUCUGAACUUCCAAAGUUAUCAUCUCAGAUGACAGAAGUUGACAACAGGCUGAGCUCUUUGCUGUCAAAUUGUGUAGUGCAGCUGUUGACAGAACAAGAUUUUGUAUCUUGUAAUGAUCUGCCAGAUAAUUUCUGGACUGAGGAUUUCUCAAAAGUGAGAUUACAGAAGGACAUCUGGGAUACUGUUGAUGCCUGGUAAUCUCUUGCGAACUAUUCAAAAGUGUAAAACGUAACACGUUUUUUUCAGUUCUCAUUAAUUUUCAUAUCAUGUAGGAAAUACACGGGACUGCUUUUUACAAUCAUUUUAUGAUUUAAUUCCCUGAAUGCAUUAAAAAACUUUUAAAAGUA